CGUAUGAUAAGCGUGCAGGCCAAAAACUUGUCGAGCAAGUAAACAAGACAUCUAACCAAUUUGAUCUCAAAAUUCCUGCACAUCGCAAACCUUCGAAGGAGAAAAUCCUACGCGAUGAAACUCUAUUGGAUGGAUGUCCGUGAUGUUCAGGAAGGGAAGUACUAACUUCGCUCGAGAGAGUGGUGACUGUGACUUGAGUUUGAAGGAAGCAAGGUUCCAGAGUUACACUUUAAAGUCCGAAGAAAAGGCUAGCAAAGGCGAUGAGUGCGGCUCUGUUGUUCAAAACGGACCUAGUACUCGAUUGGAUCUUCUUGGAAGACCAAUCCCGGGAGCAAGAAAUCGCGCUCAUUCAGAACAGUACAGAAAAAUCCAGCUAGCUUGUUAUAACUUUUUGGAAAGACCGCACGGUCUCUCGCACCUAUAUCACGCGUCUAUAUGUCUGCUAGUGGUUAUGAGUUUGUUCUUAACUGCUCUGAGUACAGUGAAUACAGACGAUAUGGAUUACUGGACAAUACUACGUACUCCUGUAUUUGUUGUGGAAGUCAUACUGGUGUUAGUGUUUAUAACUGAAUAUGUUGUUCGAUUAUGGGCUGCUGGAUGUCGAAGUACAUAUGUUGGAUUUAAAGGAAGACUAAAAUUUGCUAAAAAGACAUAUGCUAUAUUAGAUAUUUUAGUAAUCAUCUCAUCAAUUUCUGCUCUGACGCUUGUUGCUACUGCUAAAGUUCCAACAACAGCAGUAAGCCUGAUUAGGUUUUUGCCAUUAUUACGAGUCCUUCGGUUCGAUAGACAAGGAGGAACUUGGAAGCUAUUAGCUUCUGUUAUUUAUAUUCAUCGAAAGGAACUGGUGACAACUUUAUAUCUUGGAUUUAUCAGUCUUAUAUUUGCCUCAUUUGUUCUUUAUAUGGUGGAAAAAGAUGCAAAUAUUAAGUUUGAUAGCUGGCCUAAUUCAUUUUGGUGGGGAAUUGUAACUUUGACAACAAUCGGCUAUGGUGACAAGACUCCCAUCACGUGGUAUGGCAGAUUCUGUGCUGCAUUAUUCGCAGUGUUUGGAAUAUCAUUUUUUGCUCUACCCGCUGGUAUACUUGGUUCAGGCUUUGCUUUAAAAGUUACACAGCAGCAAAGACAGAAACACUUUCACAGAAGACGACGGCCAGCUGCUAUCCUUCUACAGUCUCACUGGAGGAUGUACUGCGCAGAUAUUAAUUCUAAAUCGGUAGCAACAUGGCUGCCUCAUAUUUAUUAUAACCGAAGAACGAGUCAUGAAAAAACACCUUAUAAUAAUACAGUCGAUAGCUCUCAACUGCCUGGGAGUGGAGCUCCUAAAAAAGGUAGAAAGCUAUCAUCGGUAUGGAAAAGCAGAAAUGAAGGCAAAGCUACUCGAAGCCAGUCAGUAGAUGUAAUAAGAGCCAGCAGGUCUGACUCUGCACCAAUGAUUGACACUGGCGUCACAGGACAGCGACAAGGAAGCAUCGGCAGUACAUUGGAUACUUCAUUCUUUGUUCCAGGAGAAAACCUACAUUGUACGUUAGUGUACACAAGAAAACCAAUGAUAACAAGCAGGACUUUUGCAUCUGAUGAGGCAAAUAUUUCUUUAUCUGAAGAUGGAGAGACAGCAAUCACGUUGACGCCAGCUCAAAAACAUGCAAUCAGGCUGAUACGAUUACUCAAACUGAAUGUAGCAAUAAGAAAAUUUAAGGAAGCAAGAAAGCCUUAUGACGUGAAGGACGUAAUAGAACAGUAUUCGACAGGACAUGUAGAGAUGUUGUCAAGAAUGAAAAGCUUACAGCAGAGGAUUGACAAAGUCGUUUUGGAUAGAGAAAAUGCAUUACAAGACGAGAGUUCAUUUCGGUCAAGUAUCACGUGCCGUUUGAUUAAGGUGGAGCAGCAAGUUACUAGUGUGGAACGUAAAAUAGAUGCAAUACUCAAUAUUCUAUCAAAGACGACUGGAGCAGACACUACCUUAUAUCACCAUGAUGAACCUGGCCCAUCCCCUCCCCCCGACGGGCAUUCCCCAGGCUCAUCCACGAGUCGUAGUUCAGGACUACCAACAGUUAUUAUAGGCAGUGAUAAAAUGUUUGAUACUUCAAGACUGCGGAGUGAGAGCUUACCUAGUACAGCUGUAGCACCUGAAGAUAUAUCUCAUUGGCCUCCAAAGCACUCGCAAUCAGACCCCGUUUUACCAUUGAACAGUAUAGAAUCCAUGAAACCACACAGACCAAGAACUCCAUCGUUAAGCAGUGAAGAUUCUACGGAAGGGGGGCAAAAUAUGGACUGUCUAAAUGCUCCAACUGUCAGUUCUGUAGCACCUAACCGUAUUCUGGGCAACCAUGGAAGACAGUUGUCUGAUGUCACUGAAGGAGAUGAAAGUGUUAGUUCGGAUUCGAAAGAAAAUGUUUUGGGAAGUAAAUUUUCACGUGAAAGCACACUGGAUUCUAUAGAGGAUACAAAUGAACCAAUGAGUCCUAGUGAUGAUGUGGAUUUUCCUAUGUAUGAUCCUUUGUUGAACCCGUAUGCACAAGAUAAGUCACCUAAGACCACCGAGGAACAACCUCUGGUCUGGGAGAAGAAACCACACCCAGAUACUAAAAGAACGCGGUCUGAAAGUCAUAAGACCUCAAGUACAAGUUCAUUUGGAACUUUGGUGGGGGAAGGUUCUGGAAAUGGAUCAAUGGAGCAAGACUGUUGUUAUUCUGAUGUAUUCCAAGGUAGUCAAGAGGAAAGCUCUAUCGAUAAGGAAAUGCCUGGUGCAUCUCUAGUGGGAGAAUCUUUUGACCUGGAUGAGUCAGUAACGUCAGUCGACGAAUCAAAAUCCAAGCGAAGGCCRCUAUUGAGACACUCACCGAUAGAAGUAUAAGUAAUUUUAAAGAAGGCAUAAUUUAUUAACAGUAUUAUGUAUAAUUAUAUUGUCUUUCCAUGCUGGUUAAAAUCAGGAAAACUCCUGUUUGAAUCUGUUGGAUUGCUUUGGCCAGUUACUGGCCAGCUGAUGGUUUUGCAUCAAGACCGCUGAGGUAAGGCAAGAUUCCCUUACUCGAUUGAAAUACUCACACCUGACUGCUACAACAUGUUAUUUCAAAAAUACAGUUGGUCUAACAGUUAUAUGAAAUGUCAUGAUUUUUGGACAUCCAAUAAGAAUGGAGAGCAACUAAAUUGAUUAUAAAUGCAGUUGGUAGGAUUCCCUUACUUGAUUGAAAUACUAACACCCAACUGCUGAUAAUGUUAUUUCAAAUUUUUGGACAUCCAAUAAGAAUGGAGAGCAACUAAAUGGAUUAUAAAUCCAGUUGGCCUCUGAUCAAGAUUAUACUGUAUCAUAAAAACAAUGUUAUCGACUUACUUUCAACUGGCCUCCGAAUGUGAAUGAAGUCCUGCAAUGAAGAAAGAAAUAAUUUGUAAGCAAUGAAUUGAACACUGUUGUACAAAUACAAUUAUGAGAAAAUAUUCUCACAAAUUUGAUAUUUGAGGUGUAAAAGACUUUCUAACAAUAUUGAUGCCAUUUUCUAAGAAUUCAAUAGAAUAGUUAGUAUAACUUUAAUUUUUUGUAAAAAAAAAAUGGCUUGUAAGCUUUUUAGAUUUUAAUCUUAAAGUGCAUAUGACAC